CACACGCCCGACAGCGGUCCUCCACAGCAGUUGGACUGAUUGGUAGUCUAGCUGUAAAGGAGAUUUAGUUAGUUUUAAAAUAAUUUCAGUUGACAAGUUACUGUUAUCUACAGUUCAGGGAUUAAAAAAAAAAAAAUCAAGGAAGACGGAGACGGUCUUUAUAGAUUUUUUGUAAUCAUGAUGUCCAUGAAUAGCAAGCAGCCUUUCAGUAUGCACCCGAUUCUGCACGAACCGAAGUACACACCUCUCCACUCCAGCUCCGAGGCAAUCCGGAGGGCAUGUCUGCCUACGCCUUCGCUACAAGGGAACAUCUUUGCUGGUUUCGAUGAGACUUUACUGCAGCGGGCGGAAGCGUUGGCGGCGGUGGACAUUGCGCAAAAAAGUCACCCUUUCAAACCAGAUGCCACAUACCAUACCAUGACCACAAUGACAAGCAUGACCUGCACCCCCACGUCUUCGUCGGCGCACCUUCAUCAUCCCUCCGUGCUCACAUCGCAUCAUCAUCAUCAUCAUCACCACCAGCCGUCGCAGGGCCUGGAGGGGGACCUGCUGGACCACCUUACGCCCGGCUUAUCUCUAGCAGGGAUGCCCGGGUCCGACGUGUGCGCCACGGCCUCGCACCCGCACUCCCACAUGUCCGCCAUAAACCACAUGCAACAUCACCACCCGCAGACCAUGAACAUGCACCCGCACAGCCUGGGGUCGCACGCUUCGCUGGGCAGCGCGGGAGACUCCGAGCCCGACCCCCGGGAGCUCGAGUCCUUCGCCGAGCGCUUCAAGCAGAGGCGAAUUAAGCUCGGGGUUACGCAGGCUGACGUUGGGUCCGCUUUGGCAAAUCUGAAAAUUCCUGGAGUCGGUUGCCUCAGCCAAAGCACUAUUUGCCGGUUCGAAUCCCUGACCCUGUCACACAACAACAUGGUCGCGCUCAAACCUAUCCUCGAAGCGUGGCUGGAGGAGGCAGAGAGGGCUCAGCGAGAGAAAAUGACCAAGCCGGAGAUUUUUAACGGCGGCGACAAAAAGAGAAAGCGCACCUCCAUUGCAGCCCCGGAGAAGCGGUCCCUGGAAGCGUACUUCGCCGUGCAGCCAAGGCCCUCCUCGGAGAAAAUAGCAGCAAUAGCCGAAAAACUGGACCUGAAAAAGAACGUCGUGCGCGUGUGGUUUUGCAAUCAAAGGCAAAAGCAGAAAAGAAUGAAGUUUUCGGCCACGCAUUAGGCCAAAAGAAAAGACCACAGAUACUUAUUUUAAAAGACAAAUCACGAACAAAACGUAGCAACAAGCUAAGGUGGAUCAUCGAGGCUAACACGUUUUGUAAUUCUGAAACGGGAUGAGAACUUCAAACUAAUGUCCCAGAUGAUAAUACAUAUAACUUUUGUUAUGAAACAAAAAUAUUUAUAAUGAAAAUGAUAACAUAAAUGGGAGAAGACAUCAACUUGUUCUCCGAUGAGAAGAGAAAACGUCACCACUUACCCAUCGCAGUGUACAAAACGCAGAGAAAGUCGAAUCAUGGUUAUUAUUCUCUUAAGUCGAAAAGGACUCUUUUAUAUUUGUUCAUGUAGAUAUUGUGAAUACAUUGCACCUAUGCGUGAAGAGCGCAUCGACUUUGUUUUUUAAAAAUGAUUGUUGUUGUUUGCAGAAGAUAAUUGAGGCUUAUUAAUGCUAUUUUAAGUGUGUCAUAAGAAGCGACUUACCCUCGAUAAGGCAAGGGCGUUAUUGUAAUCCAUUGCAUGGUUUACUCGUAGGGCGUUAUCUGUGCGUUAUAGUUUUGAAACCCCAUUUGAAAGCAUUGCAAUAAGAAAGCAUACACACGUAAGCGCACGUACACUUAGACAUACACAGUACUCUGUGUCUACCUCAUUAUUGUAGUCUUGGCACAUUCGUUUUCAUUUUGGGAAGUAGAAAACAAAUAAAUGUUUAAUUUUAAUUUGACACAAACUUAUGAAUGCAUUAGAUAACACGGAUAUGUAAACAUGUCUCGUAUGUCUCAACUAAUUUCACUAAAAUUAACAAUGCUUUGACAAUCAAAUAAUUGAGUUAUUACAUUGUAAGAAUCCAUUAUGUUCACACUGUUUCAAAAUAAGUCUCUGUGUUUUCAUAUUAUUAUUAUUAUUAUUAUUAUUAUUAUUAUUAUUAUUCUUAGUAAUGUAUGCAAUCACCUAAGUCACAAACGUGUUUAUAUUGUAUUUCCGAUAAAUUCCGUGCACUUUGUAGAUAUUGAAAACAUGAGGAAUUGUUGGUUAACUUUAUUAAUGAUUUUAUUUUUUUACUUAUUUAUUUGAACUUAAUUUAUUCGAAAGACAACUUGUCGAUUUCAUUUGUGAAGGUGUGCUUAAAAUGUGUCUGUGUAAGCGGCAGAAUCUGAAAUAAA